AGAGGCUUGCUAGCACAGCAUUUGGCCCAAAAGAUGAGGAGUGACGAUUUGUGUUCAUGGACGACCUCACGUAUGGCCGACCUGAGCGGCUUGAAGACAUCGUGCCUGGCCGGAUGUGCAAGUGUAUGCCGGCCUUCUUGCACAAUGAAUCCUCUGCCGCAGAGCGGAGGGUUCCGAGGUAACCAAGGUGAAGAGGAGGACGUUGACGUGAUAUCCGUGGAGCCUAUCGCGAUGAUAGUGCCACCGGAGUUGCAGGAUUCGCCCAGAACCGCCGCGCCGGAAAUUAGAAGAGAUGGUGAGGAGGUAUUAGAUCCCCAGAACCAUCCUGAUCCGAGCUGGGACACCGAACGAGCGGGCGUGCUCAGUGUCGCGGACGGGCUGGAGUACGAGCAGGCCCUUUCGCAACUUACUCCCAACAGCAUAAAGUUCAUCAUAGGCUUUAUGCUGUUGUGCGAAAGGCUGGGGAUGCCUGCAAAGGCGGUGGUCUUCAGGUCGCUCUUCCUGUGCCGUUUGUGCCCGUCUACCAGUGGGAUGAGGUGGUACUACAUCUCGGGCAGGGAGAAGAUGAUGAUAUUCACCAAUAUUAGAAAUAAGGUGGCGAGGUGGAAGAGACAGUUCGUGUUCGUGCGGGAUACACGAACUGACAGGAUUAACAACGAGCUGGCCGCCCGUCUGUCAGAAUGGCGCGAGGGGUUUGGUGGACUUGGAGGCCUUGGUUACCCCGGACCAGAUCGCCCUUCUUGGGUUGUCGACGUGGCAAACUUUCACGGGGAAGGAGAGAUGAGCAGCAUUCUGGAGAGGCAGCGCCAGAGAGCACAAGGCUCACGGGGCCGGGGAGCUGGGUCCGGCUCCCAGCGUCAGUCGCGUUUUGACGAGCGGCCACCUGUUGCACCGGGGCGCAGCUCACAGCACAGAAGUUCCAGCUCGGCACAGAGGCUGCGUGCCGAGCAGAGAGUCGAGCCUGCGCCCUCCAGCUCCAGAAGGCGUUCGAGGGAAGACGCGGACACUGAUGCAGAGGAUGACGUGCCACUCAUACGGCGUAGGACGAGCACCAGCUCGCAGCCCGCCGCAUCCGCUGCUGCGAGACCUUCCAGCGUGCCCCAAGCGCUAGCUCGUGAGGUUGCUGAGGCCGCACCAACCUCGACGUCUGUGGGGGGGCCAAGGAUUGCAUACCCGGACGGCUUCAGUUACGCCCGGACUGAGUGCCAGACUGCUAUGCUGCAGGGUAUGCAGAACUUUGUGCCCCCUGCAGACCGGCUGCGUGCAAAGGGGCACGUUCAGCAGCAUGGAGGUCAUGCUGCGUUAAUAAAGCUGAUGGAUGUGUUCAGCUACACUGUCGCACUCUUCGAGUGCGAGCAGGGGGCGAGGGCGCAGAAUAACGAGCUCCAGCAAAACUGCAAACAACUGGCCUCUGAAAAAGCUAGUUUGACUGACGAGGUCAGUCGUUUGCAGAGCUCGGAGAUGGCGAACCGAGCGGCGUCAGCUGAAAGCCGGGCUGACGAGCUGGCCCGCAAGGUCACGGAGCUGAGGGAGGAGCUGGACAGAGCUCGGGCUGAGAAGGAGAGCGGCAUUCAAGCUGCAAAGGAGGAGGCCGGCCGUGCGAAGGACCGGGCCAAAAAGGCAGAAGCUGAGAAGGAAAGGACUCUGCACGAGCUCAGCGGCCUGAGAGAGAGGGUGUCACUAGCUGAUCAGCAUGUCGCCCGGGCUGAGGCGUCCUUGGAGAGGACCAAAAAACUCCACCAGCGCGACGUCUGCUUUGCCCGUGCGCAAGGGGCUGAGUGGCUGGUGGGGGCAGAAAUGUUUCAGGACGCCGUAGCAGUGGCUUCAGCCAACACCACCACGGACAUUUUCAACGAAGUUCGUGGAAAGGUGCUGGGAGUCCGGGCAGACUUUCCCAUUGGCGAGCUGGCCUUCUUCGAGGGCAAGGAGAUCGACGCUGACGGGAAGAGCCUCACCCAGCCAGCUGACACCAAGGUGAAACUGAAGUGGGAGCUUGACGAAGAGGGGCUGCCCGUAUGGCCACCUUCUGUCGUUGAGGAGGGAGAGGACACGGAGGGGUUGCCGAGCUUCGAUGCUUGGGUGGCAGACCCCCAUGAUGUGCCUGCUGAGCCUUCCAGCACUCCCCGCUCUGCUCAGCCUCAGCCUGCACCAGGCGCUACUCCUAUUCGCUCUCCUACCCUUCCUCCUCCAGAUCGGUCAUCACCAGCUCGAUCUGCUACUGCCCCAAACGACGCAUCCAUCCCCGUCGACCUGACGGAUGAUUAGCUUACGAUUUUUACUUUUUCUUUUGUAUUUCCAUGUAAAUCAAUGAACUCAUUUCAUAUGUACUACACAUGUAAACACUCAUUGAUGGAAUAUAAAUUCGCAUAUUUU